AUGGUUGCCACAUGCCUGCAGGCGGACCGCGCUCUUCAUCUGCACUUUGGUGUCAGCAGUGGUGGGACUCAACCUGUCAGCAGUGGUGGUACUCAGCCAGUCAGCAGUGGUGGGACUCAACCGGUCAGCAGUGGUGGGACUCAAUCUGUCAGCAGUGGUGGUACUCAACCGGUCAGCAGUGGUGGGACUCAACCUGUCAGCAGUGGUGGUACUCAACCAGUCAGCAGUGGUGGGACUCAACCGGUCAGCAGUGGUGGGACUCAAUCUGUCAGCAGCGGUGGUACUCAACCAGUCAGCAGUGGUGGGACUCAACCGGUCAGCAGUGGUGGUACUCAACCAGUCAGCAGUGGUGGGACUCAACCGGUCAGCAGUGGUGGGACUCAAUCUGUCAGCAGCGGUGGGACUCAAUCUGUCAGCAGCGGUGGGACUCAACCGGUCAGCAGUGGUGGGACUCAACCAGUCAGCAGUGGUGGGACUCAACCUGUCAGCAGUGGUGGGACUCAACCAGUCAGCAGUGGUGGUACUCAACCAGUCAGCAGUGGUGGGACUCAACCAGUCAGCAGUGGUGGGACUCAACCUGUCAGCAGUGGUGGGACUCAAUCUGUCAGCAGUGGUGGGACUCAACCUGUCAGCAGUGGUGGGACUCAACCUGUCAGCAGUGGUGGGACUCAACCUGUCAGCAGUGGUGGGACUCAAUCUGUCAGCAGUGGUGGGACUCAACCUGUCAGCAGUGGUGGGACUCAACCUGUCAGCAGUGGUGGGACUCAACCGGUCAGCAGUGGUGGGACUCAACCUGUCAGCAGUGGUGGACUCAAUCUGUCAGCAGUGGUGGGACUCAACCUGUCAGCAGUGGUGGGACUCAAUCUGUCAGCAGUGGUGGGACUCAAUCUGUCAGCAGUGGUGGGACUCAACCUGUCAGCAGUGGUGGGACUCAAUCUGUCAGCAGUGGUGGGACUCAACCUGUCAGCAGUGGUGGGACUCAACCGGUCAGCAGUGGUGGGACUCAACCUGUCAGCAGUGGUGGGACUCAACCAGUCAGCAGUGGUGGGACUCAACCUGUCAGCAGUGGUGGUACUCAACCAGUCAGCAGUGGUGGGACUCAACCGGUCAGCAGUGGUGGGACUCAACUGGUCAGCAGUGGUGGGACUCAACCUGUCAGCAGUGGUGGGACUCAACCUGUCAGCAGUGGUGGGACUCAACUGGUCAACAGUGGUGGGACUCAACCGGUCAGCAGUGGUGGGACUCAACCUGUCAGCAAUGGUGGUACUCAACCAGUCAGCAGUGGUGGGACUCAACCGGUCAGCAGUGGUGGGACUCAACUGGUCAGCAGUGGUGGGACUCAACCUGUCAGCAGUGGUGGGACUCAACUGGUCAGCAGUGGUGGGACUCAACCGGUCAGCAGUGGUGGGACUCAACCGGUCAGCAGUGGUGGGACUCAACCAGUCAGCAGUGGUGGGACUCAACCUGUCAGCAGUGGUGGGACUCAACCGGUCAGCAGUGGUGGGACUCAACCUGUCAGCAGUGGUGGGACUCAACCGGUCAGCAGUGGUGGGACUCAACCUGUCAGCAGUGGUGGGACUCAACCGGUCAGCAGUGGUGGGACUCAACCUGUCAGCAGUGGUGGGACUCAACCGGUCAGCAGUGGUGGGACUCAACCUGUCAGCAGUGGUGGGACUCAACCAGUCAGCAGUGGUGGGACUCAACCUGUCAGCAGUGGUGGGACUCAACCUGUCAGCAGUGGUGGGACUCAACCUGUCAGCAGUGGUGGUACUCAACCAGUCAGCAGUGGUGGGACUCAACCGGUCAGCAGUGGUGGGACUCAACCGGUCAGCAGUGGUGGGACUCAACCUGUCAGCAGUGGUGGUACUCAACCAGUCAGCAGUGGUGGGACUCAACCGGUCAGCAGUGGUGGGACUCAACUGGUCAGCAGUGGUGGGACUCAACCGGUCAGCAGUGGUGGGACUCAACCGGUCAGCAGUGGUGGGACUCAACCAGUCAGCAGUGGUGGGACUCAACCUGUCAGCAGUGGUGGGACUCAACCGGUCAGCAGUGGUGGGACUCAACCUGUCAGCAGUGGUGGGACUCAACCGGUCAGCAGUGGUGGGACUCAACCUGUCGGCAGUGGUGGGACUCAACCGGUCAGCAGUGGUGGGACUCAACCUGUCAGCAGUGGUGGGACUCAACCGGUCAGCAGUGGUGGGACUCAACCGGUCAGCAGUGGUGGGACUCAACCGGUCAGCAGUGGUGGGACUCAACCGGUCAGCAGUGGUGGGACUCAACCUGUCAGCAGUGGUGGGACUCAACCGGUCAGCAGUGGUGGGACUCAACUGGUCAGCAGUGGUGGGACUCAACCGGUCAGCAGUGGUGGGACUCAACCAGUUUCCACCGGUUCGCUUUAAUAAGUUCCAAUAA